AUGCUGCUCCGGGGGUGGCCCAGGCAUGGCCGCGCCCUCCCCCAGAUAUCACCGCCCUCUCUCCUUCCCCCGUUACCGUUGCCGGGGCGGAGGCGGGAGGCUCGGAGCCGCGGCCCCGCGGGAGCUGCUCGGCCCCGGCGGCGAGUACCUGGAGUGAGAGAGAACCGGGACCGCCUGGAGCUGCUGCCUCUGGAGUCCAUGGCGUACAUCAUGACUCCCAUGCCGACGGGGCCUGUCGGCUCCCAGUACUGUGUCUGCAAGGUCGAGUUGUCUGUCUGUGGUCAAAACCUUCUGGACAGGGAUGUCACUUCUAAAUCCGACCCCUUCUGCGUCCUCUUCAUGGAAGUUAGUGGGAAGUGGGUGGAGGUUGACAGAACAGAGACAGCUGUGAACAACCUCAACCCAGCUUUCGCCAAGAAGUUCAUCAUUGACUACCACUUUGAAGAAGUUCAGAAGCUCAAGUUUGCCCUAUUUGACCAGGACAAGUCAAGCAUGCAGCUGUAUGAGCAUGAUUUCCUUGGUGAAUUCUCCUGCACACUGGGCGUGAUUGUCUCCAGCAAGAAAAUAACAAGGACUCUCCUUUUGGGGAAUGGCAAGCCAGCUGGGAAAGGGAUGAUAACGAUAGCUGCCCAAGAGCUCUCUGACAACAGGGUGAUUACUCUGAGCAUGGCUGGCAGAAAACUGGAUAAAAAGGACCUGUUUGGAAAGUCAGACCCUUUCUUGGAGUUCUAUAAACCAGGUGACGAUGGGAAAUGGAUGCUGGUCCACAGAACAGAGGUGGUCAAGUACACACUGGACCCCACCUGGAAGCCCUUCACUGUGCCUUUGGUGUCACUGUGUGACGGAGAUGUGGAGAAGCUGAUAAAGGUGGUGUGUUACGACUAUGACAGUGAUGGAGGACAUGACUUCAUUGGGGAGUUUCAGACCUCAGUGGCUGGGAUGCGUGAAGCCCAAGAUGCCUUUCCACUUGAGAUGGAGUGCAUUAACCCCAAAAAGCAAAAGAAGAAAAAGAAUUACAAGAACUCGGGGAUCAUAAUUGUCAAUUCCUGCAAAAUAACCAGAGAUUUCUCCUUCCUGGACUACAUCCUGGGAGGCUGCCAGCUGAUGUUUACUGUUGGGAUUGACUUCACAGCCUCCAACGGGAACCCUCGAGACCCCUCCUCUUUGCACUACAUCAACCCCAUGGGGACAAACGAGUACUUGUCAGCUAUCUGGGCUGUCGGCCAGAUCAUCCAGGACUAUGACUCAGACAAGAUGUUUCCUGCUCUGGGAUUCGGUGCCCAGCUCCCACCAGACUGGAAGGUAUCCCAUGAGUUUGCCAUUAACUUCAAUCCCACAAACCCAUUCUGUUCAGGUGUGGAGGGCAUUGUCCAAGCAUACUCGGCCUGUCUGCCCCACAUCCGCUUCUACGGACCCACCAACUUCUCCCCUAUUGUCAACCAUGUGGCUCGUUUUGCGUCUCAGGCCACCCAACAAGAAGCUGCAUCUCAGUACUUCAUCCUCCUCAUCAUCACGGAUGGGGUGAUCAGCGACAUGGAUGAGACAAGACACGCCGUGGUGCAGGCAUCCAAGCUGCCCAUGUCCAUCAUCAUCGUGGGGGUUGGCAAUGCUGAUUUUGCUGCCAUGGAGUUUCUGGAUGGGGACAGCCGUGUGCUGCGCUCCCACACGGGCGAGGAGGCCGUGCGUGACAUUGUCCAGUUUGUGCCCUUCCGGGAUUUUCGCAACGUGAGUGUGGGCAGCGGUGGGUGACUGCAGGCAGGAAUGGGGUCUCAAGCCUGGAAAUGAUCCUGGAAGUGGAGCAACCCCUGGAGAGGCAGACAGAGGGAAGAGCCCACCUUACCUUGGCCCUGGAUUCCAUAUCCCUCAGUGCUGCUCUGGUGUGGACCAUGUAAAUCAGUGCUGCAGGCAAGCGCAGGCAGGGGCAACAGUGAUCUGCAUAUCCAUAGCAUGCUCCAUCUGAGCAUCCCCCCAUGACUGCCACCCCUGUCAUUGCCAGGCAGAUCAGACCAAAAACCAGUUCACUGCGGCAGGUUUCCCACAGCAAGCCAUGGCAGUGCUGGGCUCAUGUCCCUCACCAUGGUCCUAUGUUGACGUCUCCCACCCAGGCCUCUUCCACACCCCUGAUGUGCCAUGUGCUGAGGGCUUAAUGCUUGGUGAGCUCCUACUCUCCCCCAUCCUCUCCCAGUGCCUGUGGAAAGGGAUGAUGCUGGCACUGGCCCUGCAUGGGUACCUUCUAUGGGAUGGUGGCCCAGCCCAGCCUUGUGUUUUGGAAAAAAGCGGAUCAAGGAAGAAAAAAAGAGGAACAGAAAGUCAAAAUGAGAUGCUAUUGCCUGCCCACCAUGAUCAGCUGGGAGUCAGCCCUGGGUCAGAUGCUGUUGCUGGCACAGGAUUGCCAGAGAGUGCAUAACAUCAGCCCAUAUUUAUCUUCACUCUUUUUGCACCUAAUCAGUGUUUUUCCAUUUCACCUGCUGUUACUCAGUACCAGGUUUUUCCUAACCUAGCCAGGAUGGUUUUUUCCUCCCUACCACUGAAUCACCUCCUGGAGGGAAGGUGUAGUAUAGAAUGUAAUCUUCAAAGGUGUAUAAAAUGCUGGCUGCCAGUAGACUCGAGGGGGCAUUAAAUGAAAUGCCACACUCUGGAGUCAGGGACAGCUCAGCCACAUUUGCUCAGUCAGUCCCAAUGGCUGUUCUUACACUGGUGUUUGGUCCCUUUUGCCUGCAGGCCCCCAAGGAGACCCUGGCCAAAGCUGUGCUGGCAGAGCUGCCCCAGCAAGUCGUGCAGUACUUCAAGCACCAAAACUUGCCGCCCAUCAACUCGGAGCAGGCAUAGAGCUGUGCCAGGCUGCGCCCUCUGCAUGUUGCCGAAGCCCGUUGAUCCUACUGGAAGUGCAUGUUCCACA